UUCUUCCCCGUCGUCGUUCCCUUCCUUCCUUCCUGCUCUGCUUCUGCUCUGCCCCUGCUUUUGCUCCUCCUGCUCCUCCUCCUCCUCCUCCUAACACCCCCCCCCCCCCCCCUCCAAUACUCCUCCUCGUGCUCUGCAUGCCACGCCCUGCUUGUGCAAUUCUGCAUCCCCACCCCCUCCUUGCUUGCCACUCUAUUCCUCUUGUCCCCCUCCGAAUCCUGUGCUCUCUCUUCUCCCCCCGCUUCUCGUUUUCUUCGUUAAUUGGGAUCUGCUGAGGUUGCACUGCCCCAUCACGGGUGUUUGCUGGGGGAUCGCAGCGAACCGGGAAUUGGGUUCAGGGCGAUGGCCACAACCGGCGCCAAUCACAUGCAAGCUAAGCUUGUUUUGCUUGGAGACAUGGGAGCCGGUAAAUCGAGUCUUGCUCUACGUUUUGUGAAGGGCCAGUUCUUCGAUUAUCAGGAAUCCACUAUAGGUGCAGCUUUUCUUACGCAGACAUUGGCAGUCAAUGAGACAACCGUGAAAUUUGAGAUAUGGGACACAGCUGGACAAGAAAGAUACCACAGCCUUGCGCCUAUGUAUUACAGGGGUGCUGCUGCGGCUAUUAUCGUAUACGACAUCACAAAUUCUGAUUCUUUCGGGAGAGCGAAAAAAUGGGUCCAGGAGCUUCAAAGACAAGGCAACCCCAAUUUGGUGAUGGCACUGGCGGGAAACAAGGCUGAUUUAUCUUCGAAAAGAAAAAUUGAGGCAGAGGAGGGUCAAUCCUAUGCCGAGGAGAAUGGACUGUUCUUCAUGGAGACAUCAGCCAAAACAUCUCAAAAUGUGAACGAGUUAUUUUACGAAAUCGCAAGGAAGCUACCUAAAGCGCAACCUGCACAGGCAUCUGGAAUGUCGCUUACAGAUGGGUCCACAAGCCGCCUUGGUCCUGCCAAAAGCACAUGUUGCGCCUAAGACAAUCUCAAGCGUCCUGGUCCUGGCAAUAGUGUUUGCUUCACUUCAGGAUGUCAGGUUCAAGAAUAAGUACAACAGGCUGUGCAGGCCCCGUGGUGAUCAGGUUAGUUAGUGUGUCAUGGCAUUGCGGGUUGAUUGUAUCAGCAACAUGGAUGAAGAUUGAAGGGCAAUAAGUGCAGCUGCUUCGUUGCAGGUGCUCAUUGUGCAUGCACGUCGGAGUGCUUGUGGAGUGUCUUGCUCACUCUGGCAUGGUUGUGUACAAAGUUUGUCCCUGCAGAAUAGCAUAGAACGGCCGUGUGAGUGUCAUAUGUACAGGCUUGUUAUCACGAAGCCAUUCGUUUAGUCGCAUCAAUGCAGACGUGCGGGUCAUAUUUUAGAAGCGUAUAUGCUAAAUUUAUUUGUACUUUGAAUACGCAUGAGAAAAUGCGUCUUUUUUACAUUUGUGCUCGAGUAGUUAGUUGCAUGUGCGGUGGUCCAAUCUGCUUUGAAGUUUUAGCUUGUGCUGUGAACUGUGAAAGAAUGUGAGGCAUGGCAUAAACUUUGAAAACUUUCUACUUU